AUGUCUGCCAAGCCCAAGAUUCUUUGCCUGCACGGAUACGCCGAGAACGGCGAGCUGUUCCAGAUCAAGUCGCGCAACUUUAGGCGGGUGGUUGGGGACAACGCCGAGCUCGUCUAUCCUACUGCGCCCAUUGAUGUCGGCAUCCUGCGGGCUACUGCCGAGGAGCUGCUGUCGCCGAACGGUGGAAACGACUUCAGGAACUUCUCCUGGUGGUGGACCAAGAGCGCCCAGCGCAUUGAGGUGCGCGGCCUCGACAAGAGCCUGAAGGCCAUUGCCCAGAUCCUCAACGAGCAGGGUCCGUUUGACGGAAUUCUCGGAUUCUCGCAAGGCGCCUGUUUUGCGUCCUUGAUCUGUGCUCUGCUUGAGGGCCGCGAGGGAUACGAUUUCGGCGUUCCCGUGGACCAUCCGCCGCUCAAGUUCAUAAUGCUGUCCGGCGGCGUGGUCAUGGAGAUUGGCGAGCUGCGGAAGGUGCUGGACACUCCGUUCACAACGCCCAGCAUGCACAUGAUGGGCACGCUGGACACUGUCAUCGAUAUCAAGGGGUCUAGGGAGCUGGCGUCCCGGUUCCCUGACCCGGUCAUCUACGAGUUCGUCGGCGGCCACUUCCUGCCCAACACCCCGCACUGCCGCCGCGCAAUGCGUGCGUUCCUCAAGCCGUUUAUUCCGGUCGACGAGGAGCCCGAGUCAAAUUAA